AUGGCGUUCCCGGCGUGCGUGCAGUGCGGGACGAGGGAGAACCCGUGCCGGUGCAAGUUCAUCGGGCCGACGCUGGGGUUCGUGGCCUUCCUUGUCACCGGCGUCAUAGAGUGGCCGGUGGGCGCGGUGGUGUACCUGUUUCGCCACCGCAAGGGCCGCCGCAUCAUGGGACAUCCCUCCAGGGUCGUCUACCCGCGCGUCUCCAGGGCCAUCCCCAUCUAA